AUGACGGUCAUUGCUGUCGCUGGUGGAACAGGUGGAGUGGGCAAAACUAUUGUUGAGAAAUUGCUUAACUCGAAAUUUGACAUUGUCGUUUUAUCUCGUGUGAAACACGACAUUGCUUCGCAGGGUAUUCAAAAUGUGCAGAUCAACUACGAUGAUAUUGCAUCAAUGACACAUGAGCUUGAGCGGCACAACAUCCACACUAUUAUAUCCGCCAUUAGUCUUGUCUCUGAUGAGACAAGUCAGUCUCAGUUGAAUUUGAUCAAAGCUGCAGAGAAGUCGGUAUCGACAAAAAGAUUCAUCCCCAGUGAAUACUCGUUCGUUCAAACGCCCGAAUUACUCUCGAUUGACCCCAGCAUUCAGUACUGGCUUGAUGCGGCAGAUUCUCUCAAGGCUAGUGGCUUACAAUACACCAGGGUAAUCCCUGGUUUCUUUAUGGACUAUUGGGGAAUGCCACAUGUCAAAACUCACCUGCAACCCUUCACCUUUGGUAUUGAUAUACCCAGCGGCACAGCUGCGAUCCCAGGGGAUGGGAACAAUGUGAUCUGUAUGACAUAUACGUACGACAUGGCUACUUAUCUGGUCAAGGCACUUGACCUCGAGGAAUGGCCUGAGUUCAGUGUAAUCGUCGGAGAUGAAGUUACCUACAACCAGGUUCUCGGUAUGGCAGAAGAAUUCACCGGCAAGAAAUUCAAGGUAACAUACGACAGUCUGGAGCAAAUCAAAACUAGCGAUGUCACUGUCCCUCCACAGCCAGAAGGGAUGGAGUGUUCAUCGGACGAACUCAAAGAGAUGACUGCGUUGGUGAGCAGUCUCACAGUCAACAAUGUCUUUCAAUUGCCCAAUGAUCGUCUCAAUACCCGGUUUCCAGAGGUGAAGCCAAUUACGAUGAGACAAUUUCUACACAAUGCCUGGAACAGAAACAGUGCAUAA